AUGAGAAGAAAAACAGAAAGUAACAUCAAACAACGAGCAACAACAACAAACAAAGUAACAACUUUAACAACAAACAAAGUAACAACAAACAAAGUAACAACAUACAAAGUAACAACAAACAAUGUAACAACAAACAAAGUAACAACAUACAAAGUAACAACAAACAAAGUAACAACAAACAAAGUAACAACAAACAAAGUAACAACAUACAAAGUAACAACAAACAAAGUAACAACAAACAAAGUAACAACAAACAAAGUAACAACAUACAAAGUAACAACAAACAAUGUAACAACAAACAAAGUAACAACAUACAAAGUAACAACAAACAAAGUAACAACAAACAAAGUAACAACAAACAAAGUAACAACAUACAAAGUAACAACAAACAAAGUAACAACAAACAAAGUAACAACAAACAAAGUAACAACAAACAAAGUAACAACAAACAAAGUAACAACAUACAAAGUAACAACAAACAAAGUAACAACAAACAAAGUAACAACAAACAAAGUAACAACAAACAAAGUAACAACAAAUAAAGUAACAACAAACAAAAUAACAAGCAACGACAAUAACAAUAAACAAAGUAACAACAAACAAAGUAACAACAAACAAAGUAACAACAAAUAA